CGUCGGACCAAGAUAUUUUCGAGUCCAUUUUUGGCGCCUUCAUCAAGCAUUGCUUAAAAUAGAAUUUUAGGCGGUUUACUUCUUCGUCGGGUGACAUCCCUAUAACAGGUGGAUCCCAGUAAUGACCUCACUUCAAGAUCUUUGUACCGAUGAAAUCUCCCUUUUCACACCCAUCUUCCCUUUUCAGGGUCAGGACGAAUCUUAAUCCGAUAUAUUAAUAAUUAUUUCCCAGAUCAUGGAAUCGGAGGGUAGAAAUAUUGUAAAUUGAUCGAGUCAACCAACUCCUUUUAAGAGAGAGACCGGGAUUGAGGUUGUUGACUUUUGAGAGGGCUACAGAUUGAUUCAUUUUCUGCAGCUGCUUGGUCGAUCAUUCGAGUUCAAAGAUCAUUCACGAGUAGUUUUUUCGUAAUUGACUUCAGAACUAUCCCAUCAAUCUGGCUAUCCUCAGCUGCAGGUGAUCACUUGGUGGGCAGAACUGACCCAAUGGAUCGGAUAUCAGAAUUGCCGGAACCCAUUUUGCAACAGAUUCUGUCCCUCCUCCCCAUGACACAAGGACUUCAAACCAGUGUAUUAUCCAAGAGAUGGAGGCACGUGUGGACUAAUUUCCCGGUUUUGGAAUUUGACAGAACCUUCUUCGACGCAAAGUUUUCCAAUCAUUCCGACACUAGGGAGAGUAUCCCAGAAAGACUAAGAAAAAGAGACGAGUUAUUUAAUUUUGCGGAACAAACUCUACUAAUCUACCGCAAUUUCAAAGGUAUAAGGAGGUUUACACUUGAAAUAUCCUUCCAUGAUCCAGAAUUGGCGUCUCUCUUUGACAGGUGGAUUGGCUAUUUGUUAGAGAGUAAUGUUUAUGAGCUCAAACUUGGCAUUCUUGUUUUGAGAAACAGAGAAUGGUAUAAUUUACCCGGGGCUGUUCUAGCUGCAAAAUCAGUAACUAUGUUGACACUUUCUAACUGUAAGUUGAGGUUGCCCUACAGUGACAUCAAGUUAUUGUCUUUGAAAAAGCUGUCUCUUGUGGACGUUUAUAUCGAAGAUGAGAUUUUUAAAAACUUGGUCGCUAGAUGUCCUAUGAUUGAGGAUAUGAAUUUGAGUGGUUGCUGUGGAUUGAAAAGCUUUGAGGUUUUUGGUCUACUCAAACUUAAGUCAGUUGAGGUGAAAAACAAUCGUGAACUCGAGAAGGUUGAGAUGCAAGUACUGAAUCUUCAAUCUUUUGAAUACAGCGGGCGGUAUAAGCCGUGUGAGAUCAACUUGGCCCCAUGUAAAAGUUUGAAAACUUUGAAAUUAUGUAUGGCAGCCAUAACAGACGAGUGGUUCCAUGACCAUUUCUCUGAAUUUCCCCUCCUUGAGAACUUGGCCCUAAGUGAUUGCAGAAUGUUGGAAAGUAUAAGAAUCUCAAGUCAUCAUCUUAAGAGAUUGCUCUUGUGUAGAUGUGACUUCCUUGUUGAAGUCGAGAUUGAUGCUCCUUCUCUGUGUUCAUUCAAGUAUAAUGGUGAUACAAUACCCUUCUCAUUAAAUUCUCCAGCUCUCUUACAAUCUGACAUCCAUUUCUGCCUCAGUGUCAUCGACACUGCUUGGUAUGUUCAAAUGAUUGAAUUUCUGUCCAAGUUCAAUCAUUCUAAAUUAUUGACUUUGCAGAGUAUCACAGGCAAGAAUAUGGUUGUUCCAAACGAACUGAGGGAAAGCCUACUUCCCCCCUUGUAUAAUGUCAAGCAUUUGAAGCUGAAGAUACAUAAGCCUCUGAUGAGUUGUGCAACAGAAGAACUUGUGGAUAGCUUGCUUUGGAUUUCUCCCCACCCAGAGACUUUAUUCAUAGAAUCUGGUUUUGGCACAAAAACUUUUAAGUUCAUAUACAAGAAGCUGACAGAAAGAAGAGAGGACUCUUGCGGUUGCGGUUGCAGAUCGGUUCCUAUCAUAUGUUGGAGGCACUGCUUACAGGAAAUUGAGGUCGAGAAUGUUAGCGAGGCUGAAGAACGCAACAAGUUGACGAAGUUCUUUUGGAAAAAUGCAAAGAUAUUGGAGAGGAUAGAUGGCCUAGACUCUGAGCUUUGAAUCAUUGAAUCAAUGGAGGUUGUGUUGCAGUGUUGGCCGUUGGUAA